AUGCAGUCGCUCGUCGUCGAGUUCUCGCGGCGCGUGCGCGAGCCAGCACAAAAUAUGAGGGCGAGUGCAGGGGCCAGCCGCGCCACGCGCGGCCACGUGCACCUCCCAAGCCAACCGCCGCCCCCGCAGCACGACGGUGAGGCGAGCCUCGCAAACGACGCCGAGGGGGCAAAGGUAGCUCUCGCCGGGUGUGCCUCAGCGGCCGCGGGCGAGCAGGGCAUGUGCGCGCCACGCGCCGCCGCUCGAGCCGGAUCGUACGAGUCUCCCUCCCGCGGCUCGUUGCAGGAGAGCGGGUCGAUCCGAUGA